AUGCUGACCGCUGGCGAGUUUGUCGACCUUGCCUCGAGUGACACGAUCAUCGUACGACGGGACGGCGACGAGGGAGAAGACGAGGAGGGAGAGGAGGACAGGGCGUGGGGCACGAUGGUGGUCAAUGCCGAGGAAGAGGCCGACGGCCAAUUCAGGAGGAUGUUUGCGCCUCAGAAGGAGGCUGCCGAGGCGGCGACUGCGGCUGCGGAGAAGAGGGAGAAAGAGGACGUCCAGAAGGCGGAGAGGAAGGCCAAUAAGAAGAAGGAAAAGAGAAAGAAGCGCGCGAACGACACCGCCGCGAGCAAGAAGCGCAAGAGCGUGGAGGAGGACGGUCUGCCACGCAGAGAGCAGGCAGCAGCCGUGCACGAGGCGCUGGAAGCCGACGCCGAGGAAGAAGAAUGGGAGAAGCCGAUCUCCUCGGACGGCGACCUCCUCCGACACUCCUUCGUCGACGCGUUCGAUGUCGAGACACAGGACGCCAUCUCGGAAGCGCCCACCAAGAAGCAAAAGAAGACGAAAAAGACGAAGUCGGCGGCGACUACAGCGAGGAGCAAGGGACUGAAGAAGUUGAGGAAGGAACAGAGGAAGGAGCAAGCGAGAGAGAGCGAGCUAUGGCGAAAGGAAGAAGAGGCGGAGAGAGCAACGGAGCGACAGCAAGCCAUGCUGGAGGAGAGCCUGGCCCUGGACAAGCAGCUCGCGCAGAUCGACGCCAUUCUCGAUUCCAUCCGCGGCGCAGCCAACGACCAGUCAGCUCCUUCGCUGGACGAAGGAGAUCUUCGGAGCAGCAGCGUGGCCUCCACCCCGAUGAAGAUGAGCGUCUACCUAUCGCCGAGGCGGAAAUCGAAGAUCGAGGUGCGCAUGGAAAAGAUGCGCAGCGAGCUGCUGGCGCAGCGCAAGGCGGUGCCCGUGCCCUUCGUCAGCGCACACCCAGCAUCCCCGGCGCCAUCUCUCGCUUCAUCCAUCUCUUCGUCGGCCACGGUGGCGCCGGUGCUGACAACAACUACGUUGACGUCGCUGGUGGACCAGCCGCACCGUCUGGCAACCUCAGCUCCGCCAGCUCUGAUUCGAAGAGAGCGAGGUCAGAAGCGUUAUGCACACGAGGCCUCCGCAGCCUCCACUGCCACCAGGAAGAAGCAACCCAAGGCGAAGAGGCCCAGGCUAGAGGGCACAGAACUGUGCCAAGGUGAUCACCGGGAGGAGUGA